AUGGAGGUUCCUGCUCGACGUGCUGCCGUGCUCUUCCUCCUGCUUCUAUCUCACGCCCUGAUCUCUGUUCACUCUCAGGAGGAGGAGGAGGCUGUGCAGGAGGAGGAGCUGCAGGAGGAGGACCAGCAGGUCAUCGAGACAUGGACAUCAAACAUCAAAUCCUGCACCUGCGACUGCGAGUCGGCUGAUUCAACGACACGUAGCCCCACCGUCAUCCCAUCUGAGCUGCCCACCGCCCUGCAGCCCCCACCACAGAGUCACCUGGAGAACUGCAUGCCAGAGUGCCCGUACCAUCAAGCUCUGGGCUUUGAAUCUGGAUCUGUGACUUCGGACCAGAUCAGCUGCUCCAACGAGGAUCAAUACUCCGGCUGGUACUCCUCCUGGGUCCCCACCAAGGCUCGCCUCAACAACCAGGGCUUUGGCUGUGCAUGGCUGUCUAAGUUUAACGACCAGCACCAGUGGAUCCAGAUUGACCUGAAGGAGGUCGGUGUGGUGUCAGGGAUCCUCAGCCAGGGCCGCUGCGACGCUGACGAGUGGAUCACUAAAUACAGCAUCCAGUACCGCUCUGUGGAGACGCUCAACUGGAUCUACUACAAAGACCAGACAGGAAACAACAGGGUCUUCUACGGGAACUCUGACCGCUCCUCCAUGGUGCAGAACCUGCUGCGUCCGCCCAUCGUAGCUCGCUACAUCCGCCUGCUGCCGCUGGGCUGGCACACCCGCAUCGCCAUGAGGCUGGAGCUGCUGAUGUGCAUGAACAAAUGUUCCUGAAGAGCACUCAGCCAGCCCCCCCCCCCCUGAGGAGUGCACUAAUUAUCUUUCUUAAAG